AUGGCGCCAAAGAAGAAGGCCAAGAAGUCCAAGAAGUCCAGCUCGGCUGCAGAUGCGGGUGAUGGCGGGGUUGACGGAGCUUCGCUGAUAGACAACACUCCUCCGAUUAUCAUCGAGGCGGACCCAAUUCAUUACGUGACGCUCGACAUGCGACUGCUGAAUUGGAGUUAUCUCAACUUCAAGUUUCGCACCAAGACCACCACGCGAUUGUUUGCCAUCAAGCAACAAAUUCAAAAGCAGCACGGACCGAUCACCGACCUCAAGAUCUGUAAGGGCCAUUUCUCCGAGGCGAACGAAUUAAGACACGACAUGAUGACUCUGGCAGAGUUUGGUAUUGAAGGAGCACCCGAAGGCGAGCCAGAAGCAGUCUGCUUGAUACACUACGACUUCAAACCAGAGCAGCACGACAACCCGCUUCUCCUUGCCACAGAGCAGAACUAA